AUGCGUGAAGAAGGAAGCUCAAAUAACGCGUGGGACGACGAGGCUGUUUCCGGGUGCGAUACAGAAGGAGAAAUGGACAUCGAUAUGUUACAGUUCUCAAGUCGCGGCCUCAGGUCCUUCGUAGUCCAAGUUUGUGGCGAAUGCUGCCAUGGAUUCGAAAUCGGUUGGGUCAACUCGGUCAGGGUCGUCCUCUACUAUGACCAUAUUGAGAUUGGGAAAAUGAGUCUCCGAAACACAACAGUUAUACCUGACGGCGAUGAUCGCGUGUCUAUUCCAGAGGAUCAUGACUAUGAGCAUCGGGUGAGCAUCAAGCAUAUGGGCGCAUUCAGGGCCAUGUUCGACGACGUCUUGCCAAAGAAGUCUGUCGCCCACCAGGUUGAAGACACGAAGCCGACUACGGCUGCCCUGUUUGUCUCCCCAGAUGGCUUUGGGCUGAAAAUGAGGGUUAAUGUGGCCCGCAUGCCGAGAAUGAAAUGUGCAGUGAAAAUGAUAAGAUUCUCUGGCAACGAGAUCUCGAUCGUCAUGAAUAUCACAAAUUCCAGCCCUUUGAAGCUCCCCUUUGAGAAUGAUGAAGUUGGUGACUGUCAAUUUGUUCUAAAGAAAGGCAAUAGAACCGUUGGGGACUUGCUGGCGGACUUCACUAUUGAACCAGGUGAAAGUGAAUUUCUGUUCCAUGGGAGCAUUCAUGAUGGAGUUUCCGGUGUGGUGACUCUGAAGGGAGUCAAGUACAAGGGCGAGUAUGAUGAGGAAAGCAACUGGCAACAUUACGUUAUUCGAUCAUUCGAGACUGAAAUCGAUCUGGGUGAGAGACGAGAUGAAGCCGUCAAGGACAACGAAGAGGAGAUGGAAUAG